AUGGCGCGCGCCGGAAGCGCGCUCGGCGCCCCGGCGCGCGUCGGUGGCGUCGCGCGCGCGCGCGGCGGCGGUGGACGACGCGCACGGGGAUUCGAUCGGGGAUCCGAUCGUGGCGCGCGAGAAUUCGCGCGCGUCGACGCGCCGGGGCGCUCGAUCGAGGGCGAACGAGCGGUGCGCGCGCGGGCGUUACCGCAGGCGUUCGAACCCGCGUGGUGGGCGACGCAAUUGGGGACGUGCGGGGUGAUCUUGGCGGCGUACGCCGCGACGCGCGGGCGGAGCGAGGACGAGGGCGACGAGAACGAGGAGUGUCCGAAGUGCGAGGGCAGUGGAAGAGCCGCGUGCGCGUGCACGCGGUGGAGCUCCGAUGGUGAAGGGUGUGGAACGUGUGGGUACACCGGAAUCACGGCGUGUCCGGCGUGUCGAGGCGGCGGACGGGCGGUGCGGGUGACGGUGAAGAUUGAGGUGCCCACGGAGGAGGCGGAGCGUGCGUAUGAGCGAGAUCGAUCCGGGUUGAGCGCGCGCGAGGUGAAUGAGGAGGCAAGAAAAGCGUUGAGUCUGACCAUGUGCCCGGCGAUCAUGGACUCCGCGCGCGCGAGAGGAGGAUCUCAGGGACAAGGCGACGACGACGAACCGAGCUCGAGCAAGGAUGAUGACUUCUACGCCCAGUCGGGCGAGGCGAUUCGCAUCUUACGCGAGGAUUACCCCGACAUGUUGAAGAGGGAACCUCGUUGGAGCAUCUACCGAGAUAACAUCGGGCUCGUGGACGAAACGAUGACGUUCGCCGGUCCAGGAAGAGAUGGCAGAGGCGGGAUCAUGGCGUCAAACAAGAAUGAGUACAAGCGGGUGUUCAAGAUUGUUCGCAUCGUUGCCGCCGUGUUGUUUUCCAACAGCACGAUCGAGGUCUCGCGGAUUUGGUCACCCUUGGGAUCGUCCGGUCUUCGCACGAUUCGCGUGCGAUGGGCCGUCCGAGGGAAGCUUCGCUUGGUCAGUUCGCUCGGCGCCGACGAGGCGCGCUUCGACGGCAUUUCCGAAUACAAACUCGACUCAAAGGGUUUCAUCUACGAACAUAAAAUCACUGAUCUCGAUUGGGACGUGGCUGCGCUGCGCGAACGCGUGGUAAACAUGAUGCGCGCAGCGACGGCGCAGCGCCAACCAAUCGGCAGCGGGGACUGGUGA